UGUCAAAAUCGAUAUAAUCGACUGAGCAAAGGCCGCGGAAAAAAAGAUGGUUUGAAGUGAAUCGAAGGAUUAUUUAGUUGCUUUAACUUCGAAACAAUGUGCAAUAGUAGUAAAUUGAUUAGUGUAAAAGUGAUUCGGUAUAGAUAAUUAACUAGUAGACAUUGUUAUUUAGAUCGGUGAAGUGUUUUGGUUGCUAUAAUUAGUAAAUAUUGUGGUGUCUGGUACUCGAUUCGCGUGUUUAUGCGUGUGUUGUUUGUAAGAUGUAAGCAUCUGUGAGACAUACAAAAGUGAGUGCUUAAUUUAUGAGGUCAACUGUACGUAAGCAACCGCGAACAACCGCAGAGGAGAAUAUACGUAGUGACUGUCGUUUCGGUUUUGUUUAGCACAGGCUCGCGCGGCAACGAGGAAGGCAGGAAAAAAGGCACUUGGAGUUGAUACUACACACUCUUCUACACACAAGGCUCCGUGGAAGAGAAAUAGCAGCCGCAGCAGUUGUAAGAGCAGAAGGAGGAGAAGGAGGAGUAGGUUUUACGAAUCCAUCCAUAAACUGUCGAUGGUCAUGCUCCGAGCGCUCUUCACAGUUGUUCAGCGGCUUUGGACGAAUACGGACGCGAGUGAAAGUGAAAUCGCGAGUUUGGCUCAAUUUUUGAAGGGUGGUUUUUUCGUGAGACACUAUUAAAACUGGUUAGAAGAAACAAAAAAAAAAAAAAAUUAAAUAAAAGAAAUAAAUCGUGUGCCAAUCUAUCCGACGACGUUUGUGUUGGGUGCUCCGUUUUCCAGUGAUAGAGUCCACGGCUGCCGGUGUGUACCUUCGAGCACUGCCAAGUGCGUGAAUCCAAUAGUUAAGGAAACGACGUGCUCAAAUUUCAAAUGUUAUCCAAAGGCAUCAGGAAUCAGUACUUUGCAACAAUCUGUGCAAAUCUCGCAACGCUCAUAUUUGGUCUCUCCAUCGGCUGGUUGUCGCCGAAUUUGGAGCUGCUGCUAUCGGAUGCCACACCGCUCACUUCCGGCCGUAUCAGCAGCUCCGAAGCAGGCUGGAUCGGUUCCAUCGGGACGGUAGGAUGCGUGCUGGCAGUGCUGAUAUGCGGCUGGGUGUCGGAGAUUGCCGGACGAAAGUCCGCCCUCAUGCUGAUCGGGGUAGCGCAGCUGAUUAGCUGGAUCGUCGUUGUCUUCGCAAAGGACUUGACGAUGAUCUACACCUUCAGAAUUCUGGGCGGAUUCGCUGGUGGAGGUACAUUCUCCGUGAUACCGUUGUUUGUAUCUGAAAUCUCGGAAGAUAAAAUCCGUGGAGCUUUGGGGGCCAUUUUAUCCAUCACUUGCAAUCUUGGUAUACUGUUAGGUUUUAUCUUAUGUUACUAUUUAGAUUAUUUUACCGUUACUUACAUCGCACUGGCAUUCUGCAUUUUAUACUCUGUUGGGUGUAUGUUCCUACCAGAAUCUCCGCAAUAUCUGUUUACCAAGGAAAAGAAAGAUAGAGCGAUUAAAUCCUUACGCUUCUACCGAGGCGAAGCCAAGAAUGAGUCAUCGAAAUUUAUUUCGGAAGUUGCCAGAUACAAGGAGGCGCAUGGCAACAAUACCAAAGACUCAAAACGACGAGUGCAAUUACACAUUAAAGAUUUAUUAAGCAAACCAACCCUGAAGGGCAUUUUAAUUUGUGUCAUAGUGAUGAUGUUCCAUCCGAUGUCCGGAUCGGUACCAUUGAUCACCUUUACCGAUCGCAUUUUCCGGGACUCCGGUUCGGACCUACCGCCGUCGACGUGCGCCAUGAUUGUGGCCGCCAUCAACCUGGUAGGUGCGUACGUGUCCUCGGUCACCGUAGACAAGGCGGGCCGCAAGGUCCUGCUCAUCACCUCAGCACUGGGUUGUGCAAUCUGCUCCGCUACCAUGGGAACCUAUACAUUCCUGAAUGGGAUCGGAGUAAACCUAGACUACUUCAAGUGGAUCCCGGUGACGACCCUGUCCGGUUUGGUAUUCAUCAGUGCCAUCGGCGUUGCCAUCGUGCCGUUCAUCAUCAUGCCGGAAAUCCUCGAGCCGAGAGUGCGCGGAUUCGUCAUAACCUGGUGUCUGCUCGAAUUCCACUCCAUUGCAUUUUUAGUGGUUAAGUUCUUCCCGACCGUCGUCGAAAAGCUCGGUCUCUACUGGGUCAUGUGGUUCUUCUCGUGCUGUAGCGUGGCGGCGGCCACUUUUGUGAUAUUCUACGUGCCAGAGACGAAAGGCAAAAGCUUCGAAGAAAUUACCGAAUCACUGGAACCUGAGAAGAAAACCGUACCAAAGCGAACCUCUAUAGAUGUUUAGCAGUGCUAUAAUACCAUUCAAGUCAAUACCACAAUAAAUACAAAUGCAAAUCAAAAACUAAAUCAACCUGUAACAUAUACAACUACAAAAUGAAAACUACGCGCAUGACAAGUUCAAAUGCUAGGGGAUAAGUUGUUCGUAAGCUUUAAUUUUAUGUGUAUAAACUUUAUUACGUUAAUAAAUGUA